GGAACGCCCCUGCGUGACGUCCGCCCGCGCCGGGGGAUCUCCGCGGGGACGGGCGCAGCCCGCGAGGCCCGAACCACUGUGGGUGCCGCGGGGAACGGCCUCGGGUCUGUCUUCCCAAAGAGUGGUGAAGUUAGGAGGGUACGACCCCCUAGGCCGAACAGCCUGUGGGCUAGCUGGCGCCUCCUGCCGCAGUAAACAGAAAGUAGGGAAAAGAAACGAAAACUCGGAGAAGAAACGGCCAGCACGGGCCUCGCCAGGCCAGCUACUCAACACGCCUGCCCGAGAGCACGGAACACCCACAAGCCGAUACAGCCCGCCAUGCAGAGCGAGCUCCGGACUCUCAGCCCGGCGCAGGGGCAGGACUUCCGCUCAAGCCAGACUUCCGGGCGAGGCGGCGCGGGGCUUCCGGUUGGGGUGGCAGGGUGGUGGAUCUGUUGGUCCUGUUUUCCCGUCGCACGUGGUGGCCACUGUUGGCUUCUGAAUGCUUUGCAAGGCGGAGAUCCACGCCGAGGCCGUUGGAUCGGCGGUGGGUACAUCCGUCUGAGCCGUUCCUGUCCCAGCGCAGAGCGGCGGCCUCCGGCGGCGCCCGCCAGCCAUGGACUACCGGCGUUUUCUUAUGAGCCGGGUGGUCCCCGGGCAGUUCGACGACGCGGACUCCUCUGACAGUGAAAACAGAGACUUGAAGACAGUCAAAGAGAAGGAUGACAUUCUGUUUGAAAACCUUCAAGACAAUGUGAAUGAGAAUGGUGAAGGUGAAAUAGAAGAUGAGGAGGAGGAGGGUUAUGAUGAUGAUGACGGUUGGGACUGGGAUGAAGGAGUUGGAAAAUUCACAAAGGGUUAUGUCUGGAAUGGAGGAAGCAACCCGCAGGCAAAUCGACAGACCUCCGACAGCAGUUCAGCCAAAAUGUCUACUCCAGCAGACAAGGUCUUACGGAAAUUUGAGAAUAAAAUUAAUUUAGAUAAGCUAAAUGUUACUGAUUCCGUCAUAAAUAAAGUCACCGAAAAGUCUAGACAAAAGGAAGCAGAUAUGUAUCGCAUCAAAGAUAAGGCAGACAGAGCAACUGUAGAACAGGUGUUGGAUCCCAGAACAAGAAUGAUUUUAUUCAAGAUGUUGACUAGAGGAAUCAUAACAGAGAUAAAUGGCUGCAUUAGCACAGGAAAAGAAGCUAAUGUAUACCAUGCUAGCACAGCAAAUGGAGAGAGCAGAGCAAUCAAAAUUUAUAAAACUUCUAUUUUGGUGUUCAAAGAUCGGGAUAAAUAUGUAAGUGGGGAAUUCAGAUUUCGUCAUGGCUAUUGUAAAGGAAACCCUAGGAAAAUGGUGAAAACUUGGGCAGAAAAAGAAAUGAGGAACUUAAUCAGGCUGAACACAGCAGAGAUACCAUGUCCAGAACCAAUAAUGCUAAGAAGUCAUGUUCUUGUCAUGAGUUUCAUCGGUAAAGAUGACGCGCCUGCACCACUCUUGAAAAACGUCCAGUUAUCAGAAUCCAAGGCUCGGGAGUUGUACCUGCAGGUCAUUCAAUACAUGAGAAGAAUGUAUCAGGAUGCCAGACUUGUCCAUGCAGAUCUCAGUGAAUUUAACAUGCUGUACCACGGUGGAGGCGUGUGUAUCAUUGACGUUUCUCAGUCCGUGGAGCACGACCACCCACAUGCCUUGGAGUUCUUGAGAAAAGAUUGCGCCAACGUCAAUGAUUUCUUUCUGAAGCACAGUGUUGCCGUCAUGACUGUGCGGGAGCUCUUUGAAUUUGUCACAGAUCCAUCCAUUACACAUGAGAACAUGGAUGCUUAUCUCUCAAAGGCCAUGGAAAUAGCAUCUCAAAGGACCAAGGAAGAAAGGUCUAGCCAAGAUCAUGUGGAUGAAGAGGUGUUUAAGCGAGCAUAUAUUCCUAGAACCUUAAAUGAAGUAAAACAUUAUGAGAGGGAUAUGGACCUAAUUAUGAAAUUGAAGGAAGAGGACAUGGCCGUGAAUGCCCAACAAGAUAAUAUUCUAUACCAAACUGUCACUGGAUUGAAGAAAGAUUUGUCAGGAGUUCAGAAGGUCCCUGCACUCCUAGAAAAUCAAGUGGAGGAAAGGACUUGUUCUGAUUCAGAAGAUAUUGGAAGCUCUGAGUGCUCUGACACAGACUCUGAAGAGCAGGGAGACCAUGCCCGCCCCAAGAAACACACCACGGGCCCUGACAUUGAUAAAAAAGAAAGAAAAAAGAUGGUCAAGGAAGCCCAGAGAGAGAAAAGAAAAAACAAAAUUCCUAAACAUGUGAAAAAAAGAAAGGAGAAGACAGCCAAGACGAAAAAAGGCAAAUAGAACGAGAACCAUAUUAUGUACAGUCAUUGUCAUCAGUUACUUUUCUCGCAUGAACUCUAAGCUGCGUCUGGAAGAUGGCUUACUGAUUUUAACCAAAUUGUCGUCAUGUCUGUCUGUGAAGACGGAUUCAGUGUUUUCCUGUAAUUAUGUAAAAAGCUCUAAGCUCUAGAGUCUAGAUCCAGUCACUGACUCUGGUGUUGACAGAGGAUUUAUUUAAGCUAUUAUUUUAAUAAAGAACUUUGUACAUUUUUAUUUUUAUAUGUUUUUCUCUUACAAAUAUGUUUUUGGAAGCAUGAUAAAUAUUUAAAUGUAGUCAAUAACUCUUACAUGAGUGUCCAGAGGCACUCAUGGGAAAAUUGGUUUUGCUUUCUUUGUACACACCAGAGACCCAUCUGAGGUCAUCUGAUUAUAAGGCCAUGUUUAUGUAAAGGGAAUUUCACUCACAAUUCAGCUGGCUGUUGAUUUAAUCACUCACUGCAACUCUGCCCUUGUGUGUAUUGGUGAUCAUUUGUAAUGCUCUUACACUUCCUCUUUAAUGUUCUUUUUGGAGCUAGGACCUCUCAGUUCAUCAAGUUUUUUACA